GGGCGCUGCCGGAGCCCCGGCCGCCUCCGAGGGCCGUGGCGGGGACACUACGAGCUGCUGGGACCCGGCCCAGAGACCACGAAGUUGUUGUUGUCACUCACCUGCUCACAUACACCAGGAACUUCCUCUGCUUCUUGAGAAAUUUUCCACCAAAAAAUAGGAACUGAAAGUACAAUUCUAUCAAGUCUUGCAACUUCCUGUCACUUAAUAUAUUCAAUAAUAUUUCAAAUAAUUUUGUAUAUUAUGUUUUGUGACCAUUACUGAUUUUUAACAAUUUUUUUAUUUGAAAAAUUAUUUGGGUCAGGUUAUAUACACACUUCAAAAAUUCCAAAGUGGGGAAAAAAAACAUGUGAAAAGUGUUAGAACUGUUGCUUGCUUUAUUCAAGAUUUUUAUUUCUGCAGAUAGCUGAAACUAGUAUUUGCUAUUAAUAAGCUGAUUCAAAACAAUCAGAUCGUUGCAAGGAUUCAGAGUACUUCAGUUAAACUCUGGCCCUGUUGAAGUUAGGAGUUCACCUUUGUAUUUACUGGUCCUUACAUUCCAGACCAUAAAUACAAUGUUCAGUUUUUCUGGAAAGUUCUGCAGUGCAUUGUUUCUGUAUGACAUUGAUGCAUUCUUUAUGUCAUGGUGUUCACCCAAAUUUUCAAGGACUCUGUAGAGCAAGGUACCCAGUAUCUUGGAGAGAAUUAGCUGUGCUGGAGGUUGAAUCUACUAUAGGGAUUCAAAUAACAAAGUCCCCUGUGGGCCCAGAUGUCCAGUGUACACAGUCCUCGUGGCACAAGUUUGUACAGAGCACAAACUUGUGCCACAGUACAAGUACUUGUGUCAGGUGGCAUUGUCAUAGGCCAACUCACUGUCGAGUAAAUUGGCAGAGGGAGCUGUCUGGUAUCACCUGUUGUCAGAGGGGGGUCUGCCAUGUGAAUCUGUUCUUUUCCUGUGCCCCUGUCAUUAGUAUUGUUGUUGUUACUGUUCAUUUUCUUAUAGCCAGUAAAUUGUUCUUAUCUCAGCUGGAGAUCUUUGCCUUUUGUGCCUCCAGUUCUCCUCUCCAUCCUGCCGCUGAGGGAAGGGGGAGAGGAAAGCAGGGGAGGGAGAGAAUGGGCAUGGUUUGGAGGGUCUCUGUGGGGGCACUGAACAGGGGAGUACCAUUCCUAAACCACAACAGAUCCCAGUGCUCCAAUCCUCCACACCCCCAGUGCUCCCAGUGCCCCCAUUGUCCUGGGACCCACAGUGUCCACUGAUUCUGGCUCCCAGUCCUCCCAGUGCUCCUGGCUCCCCAUUCUCCUGGUGCCCAGUGUUUCCAGUACCCCGAGUUCUCAGUGCCCAGUGACAGGAGCUCAGCUCCAGCAUCAGGACCACAGCUGCUGGUACUACACACCAGUCUUGGGACCCCAGCCACAGCAUUGGCCCCAGGCCCCCUUGUGCAGCCCAGGGCUACCUCCCAGCCCCAGCCUGGCCCCGUCUCCGUUGCCAGCCCCACUGAGCUGGUAACCAGAGCUCCGAUAGCAGCUGCAGCUGAGGUGACACCAUCAAUAAUUGAGUGGCAGCAGGGCUCCACACAGGACUGCCUGCCUCUGCCUGCCUGGAGUGUGGGGACAGCCUCGCUCGCUUGUGAUGGUGUCUCCGGCGAUUGCCCUGGCCUUCCUCCCCUUCAUUGUCACCCUGCUGAUCCGGUACCGGCACUACCUGCUGCUGCUGUACCGGGCAGUGCUGGUGGCCUGGCUGCAGGACCGGCUCACCGGCACCUCGCGGGAGCAGCGUGCCUUCCAGUACCUGCUGGCCCACGCCAUCCCUGGGGACCCCCACCACAUCCUCCAGACCUUCGACCAGUGGUGCUACCACUGUGAGCACCUCAGCUGUGUGGGGCCUGACAAAGGGCGGAUCGUGGAGCGGGUGCUGUUGGAGCGGGCACCACUGCGGGUGCUGGAGCUGGGCACGUACUGUGGCUAUGGCACUGUGCUGCUGGCACAGGGGCUGCCCCCAGGUGCCCGCCUCUACACCAUCGAGGGGGACCCCCGGCACGCUGCCGUGGCCGAGAAGGUCAUCCGCCUGGCUGGCUUCAGUGAGCAGACGGUGGAGCUGAUCGUGGGCCCCUCGGAGGAGGUGAUACCCCGCCUGCGGGAGAAGCACGGCCUGACGAAUGCCAACCUCAUCUUCAUGGAUCACUGCAAACGCUGCUACCUGCGGGACCUACGGCUGCUGGAGAGCCACCAGCUGCUGGCUGAGGGGGCCACCAUCCUGGCUGAUAAUGUCCUGUUCCCUGGGGCACCCCACUUCCUGCAGUACGCCAAGACCUGCGGCAAGUACCACAGCAAGGUGCACCGCGCCAGCCUGGAGUACUUCCGCGCCAUUCCUGAUGGGAUCGCCGAGCUGCGCUACACCGGCACCCACUGAGCGAGCAAGGAGCUCCUGCCUUGUGGUGGCCACGGUUACCAGCAGGGUGCCAGGUCCCCAACCCCCAUCUCAGCCUCAACAUGGGCUCUGGAGGAAAUGCAGUGGCUGCUGUGGUCU